GGAAAAUUGAACUUCUUCAGAGAUUACUUCUUGGGGACUGGAAUGCACACGUGAUUCAACAAUAUUCUAAGUCGCUCAGUGACCAACAAGAUGAAACACCGGAUUUGAUCUGCUUCUUCCUUAAAUGAUUUUAUAAAAUACUGUUUCUAAACAAGACCAGAGAAAAGAUUAAAGACUAACAGUGAUACAAGAUCUCUCCCAUCAACGAUGGCUACAACGACGGAAGCAAUGGCAACGGUAGCGACGACCACGAGGACAACGACGACAGAAUCAAUGAUGUCGACGGCGAUCGGAAUAACAACCGAAGUUCUGUCGACCAUCGCCAGCUCAAACUCAACCGGAAGUGAUUGUGGUCACCAUGGUGACGGCGGCGAUGCGAAAGGCGGGGGUCAUAAGAAUAUCGAUGAACUGAAGUUGGCCAAUCAGUGCGUAUUAGGGAUCACGUUGGGACUAACUAUGGUGGCGAUGGGAGCGGCCAUUGAUGUCAAAGACUUCAAAAUUGUGCUCCGUCGACCGGUGGGUGUUGCCGUGGGGUUCCUCUGUCAGGUCGUUCUGAUGCCUUUGAUUGGAUUCAUCAUGGCAGUUGUCCUGAACCUUGAAGCACCAUAUGCGCUUGGGGCACUCAUCGUGGCAUCGUGUCCAGGAGGCACCACAUCCAAUCUCUACACGUUCUGGACAAACGGGGAUAUCUGCCUUAGCGUGAUUAUGACAACGAUCUCGACCAUCGUGGCCAUGGGAUCAAUGCCCCUCAACCUCUACAUCUACAGUCGACGAUGGAUUAGUGGAGGCAACGUAAUCCCAUACACCGACAUCGUCAUCACACUCGUCACCAUCAUCGGCCCCGUAGGUCUAGGCAUGUUACUCAGAUGGAAGUCGAAGAAGUGGGCAACCCUGAUCGGAAAGCCUUUCGGUGCCAUCGGUAUGCUUGGUAUCAUCGUAAGUAUCUUCAUCACCAGUUACAUCAACCCAAAGAUAUGGACCUCAUCGUGGAAGCUCUACGUGGCUAGCAUCGCCCACCUCUGGAUCGGCUGGGGAAUGGGAUAUUCCAUCGCCCGACUACUUCGACAACCCCACCGCCAGAGUCGGACGAUCGCCUUCGAGACCGGCGCGCAACACGUCGGCCUCGCUCUAACCCUCAUCGCGUUUUCUUACAAGAGCGAUAUUCAGCUAUUCCUCCAGAUCAUCAUCUACCCGAUGCUCUUUGGACCAUUCAGCAUCAUCACCUUCAGUGCUUGGGUACUGGCUUAUAAAGUUUACAGGCAUUACAGACCAGAAGAGACAGAAAAUAGAGAGGAAGAUGGCGAAGGAAAGAAAGAAAUAGAAGAGAAGAAAGAGAAGCCCUCGGCAACAGAGAUGACAAACGGAGUAGACAUCGAAAAAGGAGAGAAGAAGGAAAACGUCAAAGCACCGUAAAUUCAAACCAACUCAAAUCUGACGACAGACCUUAUGGAUAUGACGUUAUAUCAUGGAAAAGGUCUAUAGUCAGAUUGGUAAAUUGCCAAUUCGUCUACUGCCAACUCGUCCACCCACCACAUGGUAUACUUGUAUUUAGUCUAAUGCCGUUUUGUCCCUCAACAUUUCGCCUAACAACCAUUUGAUCAAAAAAAAACAUCCGUCUAAUCACCAAUUCGUCUAUGACCAUAUCUUCGCAUAACCAGUUGGUCCAAUAUCCACUUUAUUUUCGUUAAUUUUGCACAAUUAACACAUAGUCCAAUUAGACCCACUGGUUAUUAGACGAAAUGGCGAUUGGACGAAAUAGCAUUUAGAACAUGUGGAUAGUGGAUGAACUGACAUUAGACCAAAUGAUGGUAGACGAGUUGGCAUUACACGAAUAGGAAAUAAACAGUAAGAUAUGAGUCAAUUUGAAUUCAAGAAAAUGGAGAGAAAGGAAACGUCAACCGUGAAAUUAAACCAUCUCAACUCUCAUUAUAUAUCUAACAAUGCAUAUGACAUCAUAAUCUCAUAGCGCCCUCACUCAGAGGAUAUAGGAAUACGCAUACAUAGAGUUGACAGAGAUGCGUCAGCUGCAGAUCACUGCAUGCAAGUAAAUGGCUUCAGCCUCUAAGAUGGCGACAGUGCAUAGGGUCUAUACAUUCUUUAUCAUAAAAUAUCACUGGUCGUUUUAUUCCGUCAGGACCAAUGGACUGUAGCGUUUUGUAUAAAUAUUCGGAAAUGUACGCACGACCAAUGUGUUUCUUGAUAGCGAUACUGAUGCAUUAGGGAUGUUUAGGCAUAUGUAUACAUGCAUAUAAAGUGGAAAAGUUUUAACUAAUAAUACACAUUUCAACAGGAAAUGUCAUUCACAAACAUAUUUCUUCACCUAAAGUUGUUUGAAAUACGGUAGUUGUUGUAUGGGACAGCUAUAGGUUGUGAAUCGAAGAAUUUUGCGAUUAGUAUAUUAUUAACUGUAAAGAAGUAAUGCCAACAGUAAAAAAAUUAUCUGUGAUAUUUUGAUUCAUGAGUUUGUGAAAUACAUCCGUACCGUAUGCCCCCAUCCUAAUAAUGUGUGCAAGCAUUAUUGUAUAACUGUAUAAGUUAACUAAGUAUGGCAUUCGUGGAAUUGCACAUGACCUUUUUGUACUUAUCUUUCUAAUCGCCAACAAUGCACAGUAUAUAAUAAUGUUCAGUCAGACUACAAUACAAUCACAUGUGGGGUGCCUCAAGGGUCAUUACUUGGCCCCUCCUUUUUAUUCAGUUUAUUCAUGACCGAUAUCAUUCGUCAAAAUUUUUAUCUUUUAUAUGCUGAUGAUACAAACAUUAUAUAUUCGAAUAGAAAUAUUGAUCAAAUAUGUAACGUUGCUAACAGUGAAUUAGCAAAUGUCUGCCAAUGGUUUAGCGCAAAUAAGCUAUCAAUUAACUGUGAAAAUUAAAAUGUAAUUAUAUGAUAUUUCGAAACUUCGCCAGGCACAUCGAUUUUGGUCAUGUAGAUGUUAAACUAAAUUAUAACAUUAUUCCAAGAGUUGAGACGACUAGGUUUCUAUACACUUCUUGCUACUUUGUAAGUAUAUCAAAAUGUGCCUGCUGGACUGUUUUGAUCAUGUAUCAUGCGAAGUAUUUCAUGCCCGUUUUUACUUGCUUGCUCGCCUCUCUUUUUUCUCCCUUCUCUCUCUCUUUCCCUACUAUUAGCCCUUCUUUUUUUCAAUUAUUUUUUGUCAUAUAGUUUUACAGGCGUUACCCGGAACCAGCACUUGCUUUCUGGGUUUUUUUACGCCUUCUUCCAUGUACAUAAUUUACAUAAUGUAUUUUACAUUCAUUAUUUUGUAUAUUAAUGAUAUUAUUGAUUUGUAUAUUCUAUAUGACAUUGAAAUAUCAAUCGGAAGAAAGUAAAUCUUGAAAUAAAAAUUGAAUGAAUUGAACCGGUA